UGGGCCCCUGUACCGCCUCCUCAUGCUGCUGCCAGGCCCCAAAUCUGCCAUGGGCCCCCGUACCGCCUGGUCACGCUGCUGCUGGGCCCACAGUGUGACCUGGGUCCCUGUACCGCCUCCCAUUGCUCCCACUCUGCCAUGUGCCACUUUGAGGUCUCCUCACACUCCUGCGGUUUUCCAUUUUGUCAUAGGUUGCUGGCAGAUUACAGGCCUCCCAUAGGUGCUGCCAGGCCCCAAAUCUGCCAUGGGCCCCGUACCGCCUGGUCACGCUGCUGCUGGGCCCACAGUGUGACCUGGGUCCCUGUACCGCCUCCCAUUGCUCCCACUCUGCCAUGUGCCACUUUGAGGUCUCCUCACACUCCUGCGGUUUUCCAUUUUGUCAUAGGUUGCUGGCAGAUUACAGGCCUCCCAUAGGUGCUGCCAGGCC